ACAAAAAAAAACAAGCAUCAGUAGAAUUACAAUUAGCAGUUUUUUUACACAGAAUUGGGGGUAAAAGUAAUAUUUUUGAAAUAUGUUUACAAUUUGGUAUUGCAGAAGGAACUCCAAAAGGAGAGCAGCGAAAAUUAGCUCAUAAAGGAUUUCAAUUAAUUGGUGGAUUUACAAAUGUAAUUGGUGCUAUUGAUAGAACUCAUUUAAUUUUAAACAAUAAACCUUCUAAUUCUCCGGAAUUAUAUUUUAAUCGAAAAAAAUGUUACUUAAUUCAAUGUCAAGAAAUAGUAGAUUUUCAUGAAAUUUUUAUUAGUUAUGAUAUAGGUUGGCCGGGUUCAGUUGAUUUUGAAUUUCAAGAGGUUGAAGAGGUUGAGAUGGUUGGGGCAGUUGCUGCUAUUGUAGUUGUUGCGGCAGUUGCUAUUGUUGUAGUUGUUAAAGUGGUUUGGAGGGUUGAGAAAUAA